AUAAAGCCACUCGGAAGGCGACACCUAGAAGAGUCCAGACUAAAGGUAAAGUCGCCUCUUACAGAUGAAGCAGGAUUAGUAGGUAAACGCUGCAGUAACUGCUGCCUGCGGCCGUUUAAAGUGACACACACUCGACUUUCUGCCAUGUGAGAAGUUUGCUCAUGUGCUGUCACGCUCUCCAUUUCGCAGCUGACCUACUUAACGCGAGACAGAUAAAAACAAGGCUGUUAAAAGCUCAGUAGCAGGAGUCAGGUUUAUAGGAAGGUCCUGCCUGCGUGAGCCUACAGUGUAAUACCUGCACAGGUAAAGGAAACCCACCUGAAGCGCAGCGGGAGGAGCAAAGUGCUGGCAAUGGCUGAAGCUGUGGAGCUCGGUUCGGUGCCCGCGGGGCUCCGGGCCAUGUUUUUAAUGCUCACACCGAAUGAAUCAUCUUUUCAGAAGGUGGAAGAUGUUCCUCAGUAUGUGCAGCAGGCCACUCCUGUCUUUGUAGGGCUGAUAUUUCUGGAGCUGUUGGUGGGUGUGCUGAAGACAGGAGCCCCAGUGAUCACCAUCAGUGAUGGACUCACCUCUAUAUCUGCUGGAAUGAUCUCCAGACUCCCACUGUUGUUGAUGAGAAGCUGUGAGCUGACUGCUUACAUAUAUGUGUGGGACCGGUACCGCCUGGUGGAGCUGCCCUGGGACUCUGCCUGGACCUGGUGGUUCACCUUCCUGGGGGUGGACUUUGGCUACUACUGGGUCCACCGCUUUGCUCACGAGGUGGCCAUCCUGUGGGCUGCUCACCAGGUUCACCAUAGUUCAGAGUACUACAACCUCACCACCGCCCUCAGACAGUCCCUCACACAGCAGUUUGCAUCAUGGAUUUUCUACCUGCCCUUGGCUCUGGCUGUACCUCCAUCAGUCUUUGCUGUUCACAUACAGGUGAACCUGCUCUACCAGUUCUGGAUCCACACUGAGGUAAAUCUUAAAACGCAGACCUUCGGACCUUUGGAGUGGGUCUUCAACACCCCAAAACACCACCGAGUUCAUCAUGGGAGGAACGAAUAUUGUAUUGACAAGAACUAUGGAGGAAUUCUGAUCAUAUGGGACAGAUUAUUUGGUACCUUUGCUCCAGAGACAGAUAAAGUGGUGUAUGGCCUGGUGUUCCCAAUCAACACAUUUGAGAUCCUCUACGUUCAGUUACACUACUAUUUGUAUUUGUGGAGAAGGUCCAACACAUACAACACUAUCAGCAACAAAUUGUCAACUUUCCUCAAAGGUCCAAGUUGGAAACCUGGUAAAUCUCGGCUGGGUGACCACGUCGACAAUCCCAAGGUUACUGGAAAGGAAGUGCCUCAUGAUCCCAGCUGGUCGCUGCCUGCACAAGUUUAUGUGGUCAUACAUUUCCUGCUGGUGCUGCGGACUUACCAUGAUGUGUUUGAAAACAAGAUGAUGCUGUCCCAGUUAACCAUUCUGGGGAUGACCUGCUACAUCCUGCUCACUCUCACCUCCCUGGGCUUCAUAGUUGAUCAGAGGCCAUUGUCAGCCAUCUUGGAGAUGCUGCGCUGUGUUGUCAUGGUGACAGUGCAGAGGUACGGCUACGUGAAGCCCUUGCUGCCUUCGCUGGCUGUGCCCACAGAGGCCUUUGUCUCCCUCUCUCUGCUGUACUGGGCUCUGCAGAGCUUCUCACAGCUCAGCAUCAAGAAGAAGGCCAACUGAGUCGAGACGAGGUCACUCUGACGAAUGGGGGAUUUUAUCUUUUGAAGUCAUAAUUGUUGACAUAGUAACAUAUUUUAAAUCACCACGACCACGCACUGCCUCAUUUGUAUGUGGCAUCCAUCAACUCCUGUUCUUUUUUUUAUUGGAAAAGACAAAAUGGUUGUUUCAGCUUCUGCUUGAUUCAUUUUUUUACUUUUUCUGUGUAACUGAAGACUGUUUAUAAUGAAAGCUUUAUCUUGAAAAUUUUCCAUAAGACAAAGCAACAAGGUGCUCAACAGUUUUAUAUCAAAUUAUACAUUUCCUCCGGUAACUUUAUUAUUCUAUGCCUUUACUGUUUAAAUUUAUAUAGCUUAUAACAAAAGGGUUGCAGCACUAAUCAAAGUAUGAAUUAAUCAGCAUUUUUAUAUUUAACCUGAGCCACUGUGUACACAUUUUUUGCCUUAACUAUACAACAUAUACCUCUUAUAAAACAAAUGCUGUUCAUACUUAUGCCUAUUAAUUUCACUUUUGACAUGCAAUAUUGCACAGCACUGUACAGCAUCUUGUUUUUCACAUCUCACUGCAAUAAAGUAUUUGUAAUCUUG